AUUCCUACCAAAAUGUGGAAUAUUCGUAAAAAUGAUUUCCCAUAUGUUCCCAUAUGAUCCGAUACUCCGAUACGAUAUGUAUUAGGUGCUGUUAGUCCAAUUGAAAUUCGCAUUGAGGCAUAUAGCAUCGUGUUACGUUGGGUUUGAAGCGAAAAUGGAAAUGGGUUAAAUAAACACUCAGAAGUAAGCAUUUUAAAAGAAAAUUACAUUUUACAAUUGUGUACAAUUGUGGCAGUGUACAUUCAUUUAUUCAACCAGUUUAUAUUCGAAUGACAAUUUCGUUGUUGUGUUCGAAGCGUGAUUGUAAUGCUCUCCCAUUGUGAAUGAGUCAACGGAGAAGAUUACGGUGUAUGAUGAUUGUAAAAGAUGCCCAAUACGCAAAGUCAGUUGAUGCGAAGGAAUCAACCUUGCGAAUCUGGAUUGGCACUUCACCGGGUUGAAAAGUGUCGAGUGAAUUACGCAUGUUCCUGGAACAAACUGCAUUGACUGCCUUCGCACUAAUUCCCUACGAAACAAGCCACGAACGGAUGCUAACCAGUAUUAUUCCUUUCAACAAACUGAACUGGCUGCCUUCGCACGAAUUCCGUACGGGACGAGCAACGAACGGGAGCAAAAUCAAUCUAUUAAAUAUCAAAUAAGCGGGAGGAUCAACGAGUACAAGAUCUUCACGAACUCCGAGUGCAAAUUAUACAAUAUUGCUGCGGACGGAAAACUUGAAUCUGAAGAACUCUCGUCAGUCGACUCAAUAGGAAGUUUCGGAUUUAAUCGUACGACACGAUUCCAAAGACUACUUGCUUUAUUCAGAGAACCUUGGGUUUUUAUACAAUUUUUAUCCUAUCCUAACUCUAGCCUAAAUUCAAAUCUAAUGUGUGAAGGAAAGAGAAAACUUUAAACGUUCUUACUUCUUUUGCAUAUAAGUCCUUUACCUAUAGCUUAUCUGUGUUUCACCACAUGCGACCUGGUUAGAGUUUAUCUUAGAUUCGUAACUGCAUACUAAGAGUAACAAAGUCUAGCGCGAUAAGAAAUGUGUGCGAUCUUUUUGGUCCCUUUCCUUUCCAUUAUUUUAUUGCAUUGGGUUUUAAUGCAUCCCGCUCCCGAUAGAUUGUAAUUUUAGGAUCGUACACUCGGCUCGCGUUUAUCGUGUAAUGUUUUCCUCCUGUCCUUCUUUCGAUCGUUUACGAUAUUAAAAAUAAAUUGCCAAACUCUGUCGAUUGCUUACAAUGAGUUUCGCCAUGCAUUCCGUCAGCCACUCAAAGCGGAACGUUGGGAUAACUCUUAGCGCCUUUUCAGGCGUUUUUAGUUUCCGAAACAGAAUAUCUGAUGAAAUUGUCGAUAUCGUUUUUCAUACGCGAGUAUCCGGCGUCCUCAAAAUUGUACGAAUACGACGUUGUCACUACGUUUUAUAAACUACACCCAAAAUUAUUUUUUUAUUUUUUUAUUUUUUAUUUUUUUCAAAUGAGCUUGAGCUACUGGUACAACAUUUACUCAAGCGAGAGGCGAAUUUCUGUAUAAUAUAUAUGCCAGGUACAGGCCAUAGCAAUAUAAGAGUACAAAGUAAAAUAAAACAGCCUUUCACGCCAGCCAGGUUCGAUCUCUGCUUAGCAUAGUGCAGACUUUUUAUUUGGGUAAAAUUCCAUGCUGACGAUCAGUCUGAGAGGAAGAGAGGUCUACUCCAUACAUACAAAUAUCUGAACACUUUUGAAAAGGUGCAUUUAUUUGUCCUUUUUACCCUUUAGUACACGAAAAAGCUUUUUUCCUGCUAAAGAUGAUAUUUUCUCUGCCAACACUAGUUUGAGUGUAUUUCUGAUAGGAUGCCUCUUUCAAUAUCACGUAUCAACUACUCUCUACAUUUAAAACAAAAAUGUUAAAGGGCAAGAACACAGAAGAUGUAGCGAUCAAAAUGACAAAUUUUGUACAGUAUAUUCUGACUGUGAGUAUAGUCGAAAUAAGGAACGUUCCUACGAAGUGAAUGUGAAAAACAAAACACAUUAAAAUAUGUAUUAAAAAUACAUGUUCCAGCCUGUUUCAUUUAAGGUGGACGUUUUACCUCGUGUGUCCCGGUGUCUCGUUGUCUCUGACAAUGCAUUCUGUCAAACUUUCUAAUAAACAUUUUUAUACAGAUAUGCUCUUCAUGUUUACGAUGAAAGAUAAUGUUAAUCCACAAUAGUAUCUUAAACACUGUUACAACAACAUUGACAUCUUUGCACAAAUAGCAACUUUUGCUACGCCAGUUCAACGACCGCCGCACAAAAAAAUCACCAAACACCAAAACGUGACACAAUGUCGUUCCCAACACGAUCAGUUUCACCAUUCAAAACCAGCCGCACCAACGAUUCCUCUGCGUCCUCGUCCUCAUCCACGUCCUCGUCGGAUUACGAACACCUUAAUCUUUUCCACAAAUUCGACCAGCUCAAAGUAUCCCCUUUGGCUGGGCUAUACAAUGUGGUCGCAGGUGGCAAAUCCGUUGGUGGGCAGGCGUACCACCACACCACACCACCUCCGCCACCAGCGCCACCACUUAUAAACAUAACCAGACCUUCCAUUUCGGAGGACACACCCGAGAUCGAAGCAGCGAGAGCUGAUAUAAUUGUUGAAGAUAUGCCACCCACAGCACCCGAAAAGCCAUCGGUGGUCAUCACCGAGCAGCCCCAGUCGAAGGCGCUCCGGUUCCGGUAUGAGUGUGAGGGUCGAUCGGCGGGUUCGAUCCCCGGCGUAAAUAGCACUCCAGAUCAGAAAACCUUCCCCAGCAUUGAGGUACGGGGGCACAAGGGCCGAGCGGUGGUGGUCGUGUCCUGCGUCACCAAGGAUCCCCCUUAUCGGCCACAUCCGCACAAUCUGGUCGGCAAGGAGGGUUGUAGGAAGGGCGUUUGUACCGUAGAGAUUAACAGCAGUAGCAUGGGGUAUACCUUCAGCAAUCUGGGCAUUCAGUGUGUUAAGAAGAAGGACAUUGAGGAGGCACUCCGGUUAAGGGAGGAGAUUCGGGUGGAUCCGUUUAAAACUGGAUAUAGUCAUGCCAAGCAGCCCACAACCAUCGAUCUCAACGCCGUUCGGCUUUGCUUCCAGGUCUUCCUGGAAGGCCAACAGCGGGGUAGAUUUACGGAACCGCUGCAGCCAGUGGUUUCGGACGUGAUCUAUGACAAAAAAGCCAUGUCGGAUCUGGUGAUCUGCAAGCUUAGCGACGUGACCGCUUCGGUGGCCGGCGGUAAGGAGAUUAUUUUGCUGUGCGAGAAGGUUGCCAAGGAGGAUAUCGCCGUGCGGUUUUACGAGGAACAGCACGGUAAAAUCCUGUGGGAAGGCGAUGGCGAAUUUCAGCACACGAACGUACACAAACAGGUGGCCAUCAGUUUCCGGACCCCCCGGUACAGAUCGAUCGAAAUCGAUAAGCCGGUGAUGGUGAACAUCCAACUGAGAAGGCCGUCGGAUGGAGCUACCAGUGUGCCGCUGCCGUUCGAGCUCGUCCCGCUGGACUCAGGUAGGCGCAGGUUUUGGUCUCUACAGCAUGACAUUUUGAAAAAUGAUUCCCCGGAAAAUGAGGUCUUCAAGAAGAUUCUUCUCGAGGGUACCGUCGUCGCUCAGCCGGAGAAAUCAGCCACUCCGGUCACUCUGCAGUCGGACGAGGUGAUUGUGCUGGACACUCCGGUGGCGGAAAGUAAACCAAUCGUAUCGGAGCAGAUUCCAAGCGAACAGAAAACGACCGAAUGGAUCGAGCGAAACGAAUUCGACGAAGCCAACAACAACAGCAUGGUUUCAAGCGUUGAUAAUCAACUGAUGGAAGAUAAUAUCUUCUCCAAUGGCGGCUCUCUCGAGCAGCAGGCCCCAAAGGAAGACGAAGAUACGACGUUGAAUGAAUUGCUAGAGCAGGUGGCCGAGCUGGAUGAGAUCUACACGGAUCACCAGCUGCGGCGUGAGAAUAUGAUUAUUGAGAAUGAGCUGAAGAAUUUGGAGAACACCGUCCCUACUGGGCUGGUAGGGAACGGAGACAAAAUGGACAUCGAUGAGGCGUUUGACGAUGCCGCCACGUAUACAAGUUUGCAGCGUGCCUUCAAGAAUCCCGUUGCUCUAUCGUUAGGUCCUCCGGUUCCUCCCCGUCCUAUUUGUCAGCUAGAGUUAGAACCCGGCGUUUAUGACGCUGUUGAGCCGAUGAUUAUCAUCCCACCUCCGAGUGAAAUCAGUUCACUAAAGCGAGAAAACAAUGAAGACGGCAAAUUGCCUCCCCUUCCUCCUAAACGCGCUAAGCCAAAUAAUACUCAGAAUAAGGAAAAUGUAGACGCGGGCGAUGAAAUUAUUUUGCAUAGUAUUAUUCGUAAGGGUUCCAUGCGUAGUCUUACCCCGCGUCCACAGUCUGAUCAAAUCAUUAUCAUGAAGUCGCCCGAUAGUCCUCCCAAUAAGAAACUUCCUCCCACGCCCCCCGCCUCCCCCACAAAGAACGAUUACGGAACUUUGCCCAAAACUAGGAAGCAAGGAUUUUUUUCAAAAUUAUUCUCCCGCAAGAAAAGCAAGUCAGAUCUUUCCGCAAGCACGACGACCCUCACCCAAAAAGGCACCCCGGGGGGAUCCAAAGAACCAAGCGUAGCGAACUUCAAUGACAACGAAUCCACUCGGGAGUCCGUUCGUAGCAAAUCCUCCGAGAAGGAAGAGAAGCGUAAGGCCGGCAAACCGGUGGCGCGCAGUGUGAGUAGUGUUUCGUGCAAGCGUCCAACGACCGAAUCAAAUCCUGACGUUAUAUAUAUCCCACUGAAGGGGGACGGGCCGUCGACUAACCUAACUCACCGGAGUGGCAGCGGAACGCAUCUCUCCCUUCCGGGGAACGAUUCGUACGAGAGAGCAAGCACAGCUUCGCUUCCACCUCUGGACCGUAAAGCGGUGAGUGCCCUACAGUUGGACGUUCCGAUCCAAGAUGGGAACCUCGAGCUGGUUGCCAUUGCCGAUGCGCGAAGCAUAAAGAACUUGGUCGAGGGUGGUUUCGGUAUUCAGCUCGACCCAAGUGUAGAUUUGACCGAGGCUGAACAUUUCGCUCUCUACACCUCGAUAGCACCGAAUGCUGCCCUCAGCGAGUUUGACGAAACUUCCUGCUAUUAUGCUCCGGUCGAACCCGGUCCGUUGAGUCCACUCCACCAGCAGCAGCAACGGCCCAAUAGCACAGCUUACAGCGCCGAUGUUUAGGCGAAGAAACAGCACAAACAAACGCUCCUCCCUUUCCAUAUCACCACCCGACUACAUGAAACACGAAAGAGACAUUCCACCAAUCAACUCGAGACGAUUUCAAUUUCAAAUUUUUUAUUCAGCUGAAACUUUGCCAACUUGUUCAGCACGAUAGGUACGAUGCUAUUUGAAGAAUUUUUUUUAAUACUUCACGACCAAUUUUUGGAAAGGGAUUAUGCAAAAAUAGUAUCAUUUCAGAAAAUAAACUAUAACGCCAAAACGAGUUAUUUGAUCGAAAUGGCGUCUUAGGCAAGGUUUUGCGGUUCUGGAAAAGGUACUGAAGAAAAACUUUUUUUGGUCGAAAAAAAUAGAAAAUAAUGUUUAGAAAUGGAAUAUCUCAAAAACUACAUUUUCGAAAAAUCUUAAUUUUAAACACAAUAAAGCCCAUAUUGUCUCCAACAGCUGGAUAAAAUUUAUUUCUGGGCAAAUGAAAAAUAUUUUUAUGACAAUUUGAAAUUUUCAAGUUUUUAUUCAAAUUUCUACGAAAACCAAUUUUUUUGACCGGGUUACAUGGUAAUUAAAAUCGUAGCGCUUUUCUACACAUUUUUGCUGAAUCAUGCUGAUCGAUUGAACACAUCAUUUUGGCAAUUCAAUAUUGUUUAGUAGAUUACAGUAAUUUUCACAUAGGUCCUUUUGAAAAAGUAGUCGUGAUUUAAGAUGAAGAUAAUCGUUACAAAUAGAAAUCGCCAUAUUGAUCAAACAAGCCGUGUUUGUAAUAUUUUGAUAUCAAUGUGAUAAGGUUCGUUUCUUUAUAUAAAAUGCACAAACUACACAUUUAUGAAUACUACAGAACCCCGAUCAUCCGCGAGCGGAUGAUCCGUGGUGCGGAUUAUUCACGAUAGCGAAUUUCACAGUAAAUCUAUAGGCCUUCCCGGAAUUUGUCAGCGAGUUUGUCUGUGAGUCUACCUCAUGCUUUUUUGUUUUGGCCAUGGACCUUCACAUUGUCUGGUCACUGAAGUACACGACUUUAUAGAUGGAUAGUUCAAUAAUUUCUGUAUUGAUAAAAUAUAGUUUUCAUGCUGAAAGGCAUCGUGCACAAAUUACGUAACGCGAUAAAGGGGGGGGGGGGGAUUUUUAGCGUUACGUAAUUUGUGCACGACGCCAAAUAUCUUUUCUUCGUGGUUGAAUCUCAUUUUUAGUCCUGUAUUGCGCUAUCCGCGAUUUUCGUUAUUUGGGGUGAGCUUGCUAGACUACCCAGCAAACAUUAAAUUUUAUGAAUAGCCAUAAUUGGAAGCGAUAUACAUACGUCCAAGACACAUUUAGAUGAUAUAUAAUGCAUAUAACUGGCAUAUACACGCAAAAGUGGAGGCGAUAUACGUAUAUGCCAUAUUUUAUACGCAUAUAAAGCCGCAUAUAACGAUAUACGAUGCUUUUUACACUGAUAUACCCGACGCGACAAUGCUGCAUAAAAUGAAUAGAAUGUGCGUAUAUAAUACUGCAUAUCGCGAUUCUGGGAUGAUCGUUAUAUCGUUAUAUCGAUAUACUACUUCAGUAGAAAAUCGUGUUUUUGCAUUUUGUACGAUUUCGGAUGUACAUGAUUGUAUUAUGAUACGAAUUUAUAUGCGACCUAGCAUCAUGAAUUUGCUAGCAUCAACAAACAUUGAAUCGUAUAACCAGCGCGUAUACAUUAUCAUAUAUCUCAUAUUUUUUGAGUGGUAUACGAUGUGCCUAACUGAAAUAUACAUGCAAAAGUUAAGACGAUAUGCAAAGAUGAUAUUGCUUGCGAAUUAGUUUGUAUGAACAUACGACUUACACUUGUCUCUAGUACGACUAUUGUCUUGCGUAUAUACAAUUUACUACAGGCAAACAAAAACCGAAUAGCGGAGAAUGUUCGUGAGGUUAUAAUUAUUUUUAUAACCUCACGAACUGCCAUUUGCAAUAUGAAAACAUUUAUGUUUCUAAAAAUAGGAAUUACUCAAUUGACUUUUAGUGGGAUGGGGGUAUUAAUAUUUAAAAUUAGUUAAGAGAAAUAAUGAGUUAAGAAAAUUUGUUCCGAUGGGAUUCGAACUCCGGUUGUUUGGAAGAUAAGUAACAGCUAUUUCGCACGGCUAUCUACAAUAUAAUUCUAGAGCAGUUAAAACUCGUACAUAUAAUACGAAAAAAUGUAAUCGGAUACGUCAUUCCUGGUCGUCUAUUGUAUUUUAAUGGAAAUGCCAUGAAAUUUAUACAAAAAUGAUCAAGGUUCAGUGCUACGUGUUUUCAGUAAUCAAAUAACAUGAAGUGAGAAUUUUCAUUUAAAUUUCACCAAUUUCAAGCUGUUUUCGGACGUCGACACUGUACACACGACAUCACGAAUCUUGAUAUGUCAAAUUUGUAAUAUGUUGUAAUAUGGUCUCAAUUACGAUCUAAUAUGACUAACUGUUGAACGAUUUUCCAUAGCAUCUAACACAAUUUUUCGUAGUACUAAAUUGAUUCAAUGUAUUUGUUCAUGCGACUCACAAACUGCAUCAGCCUGAUAUGCACAUGUGAUUUAUGUAGUGGUAAAUAAAAUCGAGCUUUUCGCAUUUUAUACGAUUUUAGAUGUACACAAUGUAUCCUUUGAUCGACAGUAUAUAUAAUUUUGAUUCGAUCUCACUUUAUGUGUGACUUACAAUAUGCUAAGUUAUGCGAUUCAAUGUUUGCUGGGUAUCCUGCGGAUAUUUGUAUUUUUAUUUUAUUUUUAAAUAUCUCUUAUAUUAAAUUUUUGAAGGUGUACAUAUUCAUUAGUUCUAUUUUUAUUUACGUUCUUUUACAAUAUUGAAUAUUAUUGCAUCGUUUUCUUUGCAGUUCGAGUUCAGUUAUGCUCUUUGACAAAAGAAUAAACGAGUGGAACUUUUGGGUUCCUUGAAUAGUUUUUGCAUUAUUAUAUUGUUCGGUGAGCUCUGACGCAAUGCUUUCGUAUUAAUCAGUGGCAAAAUCGAAAAAUAAUUUUGUUAAAUUCUUUUCGUUUAGAUUAUUUGCCCAAUCGAACAACUCUUUUUCAUUUAUGAUUGGAUGUUCCCGCUUUUUAGUUAAUCUUGUUAUAGUGGUCAUGCGUUUAAGCCUUUCCCAUAAAAUGUUGCAAGGAAAUACCAUUAGGCUUCAAUUUUAUACUUCGAUUUGAAUUUACAAAACCUCGAUUUUUUUCGAUUUUUAUACAUUUUGUUAUUUUUUUAUGUCGAUCUUCUUCUUCUUCUUCUUCUUCUUCUUCUUCUUCAAUGGCACUAACGUUCCUAGAGGAACUUCGCCGUCUCAACGUAGUAUUACUUGCGUCAUUUUUAUUAGUACUUAGUUGAGAUUUCUAUGCCAAAUAACACGCCUUGAAUGCAUUCUGAGUGGCAAGUUCUAGAAUACGCGUGAUCACAGUGCAAGUCGGGGGAAAUUUCUUUGACGAAAAAUUCCCCCGACCAGAACGGGAAUCGAACCCGAACACCCGGCAUGUUAGUUAUGACGCUAACCACUCGGCCAAGGGAGCACAAUGUCGAUCUACUCGUAGUAAAUGCACCUCAUCCUGUAAUACAAAGCAAAAAAUUCACCUUCUCACAAUUCAUUCGAGUUUUAAACAGAAAAAUCUAUCUGUAACCCAUUGUUCAAAUGAUAGCUGUUCGAUAUAUUUUUCUUCAAAUUGUUUACUUAAAUUGUUUUCUAGUGACAAGGAGUCUGGACAAUCUUUUCACACCAUAAAUAACAUCUUGUUCACCCAAAUUAUACUAUCUGUGUACAUU